UAUCGUAGAGGUAAAAGGUCGCUCUGUGUAACGUGUCAGCAGACUGUCACCAUACCCGGUGUUACUGUGCCGGGGUUGUUACCGAUUCACCCAUUAAUAUACAGAACAACUAUCCUAGCAGCCACUGUAAAAAAAUGGCCAAGAAGCGGAGAGAUGUACGAGAUACGGACGAUUUAUCUUCAUCAGCGCAGACGGAAGUGAAGUCCAGCGACAGAGACUCUCGACAUCUGAUCGAGGCCCAACAAAGUAUAGGAGGCUCAACACGCAUGUCUCUGCUAAUUCUGGCAUCGAUAUUCGCCUGCUCUGCCUCCAUCAUGUACCUGGUCUACAGGAACUUCCCAGAGCUUCAAGAUGAUGAAAUGGAAAAAAUCAAGAUCCCUAAAGACAUGGAUGAUGCCAAGGCCUUAGGAACAGUGUUGUCCAAAUACAAGGACACCUACUACACCCAGGUGUUGGUUGCGUACUUUGCAACCUAUAUUUUCCUCCAGACGUUUGCCAUCCCUGGAUCGAUCUUCCUCAGCAUCCUGUCUGGCUACCUUUACCCUUUCCCUUUGGCUCUUUUCUUAGUCUGCUUGUGCUCUGGUCUUGGAGCUUCGUUCUGCUAUCUGUUGUCAUAUCUGGUGGGCCGACCCGUGGUCUACAAAUACCUCACAGAGAGAGCGCAGAAAUGGUCCCAGCAGGUUGACAAACACAGAGAUCAUUUGAUCAAUUACAUCAUCUUCCUGCGGAUAACCCCCUUCCUUCCAAACUGGUUCAUUAACAUCACCUCACCUGUCAUCAACGUGCCUUUGGGGGUAUUCUUUGUUGGCACCUUCCUCGGAGUGGCGCCACCCUCCUUCGUAGCGAUCAACGCCGGAACAACGCUGUACAAGCUCACCACGGCCGGCGAGGCCGUGUCCUGGAACUCCCUGGCCGUGCUCGGCGUGCUCGCUGUGCUCUCCAUCUUGCCCGUCUGCUUCCAGAAGAAGCUGCAGCAGAAACUUGAGUAGAACUCUUGAAGAACACCUCAGCGUCUCAUUCGCUGACUGAUCCUAGCGUUCCUUUAGCUCGGCUCAGGAACACGCCGCUGUUGCUUGGCGCGACUACCGGCGUGCUGUCUGCGGAGAAGUCGUAACAAGCUCUGACCACAAAAUGCAUGUUGUGGGUUUUUUUUUUUUUUUUUUGUUUUGUUUCCCUCAUGUUAAGUAAAGUGUAAACUAUCUGCUUCUGUGCAGAUUUUAUUUAAUUUUUUUGUGAUGUAUGUUGCUCAUUCUGGCACAUCUUGUAAAUAAGAAAUCAGAUUUAUUCGUUUUUUUUUUUCAUUUAAGGCACUGCAUAAUUGGAUUACUUCCGGAUAAGUAAAGGUACUGUAGGAGCAUACCUUCAUGGUUCUUCUGCAGGUCACAGGUUUAUAUGAUGUCUGCAGCAGAGCUAUUAGUAUCUCUUUGAAAUUUUACUAAACAAUCUUUAAAGUUACUGGCACAGCGGUUGCCAACAGUAGCAUCUUUAAAUCCCUAAUGUCUUUUAAUAUUUAUUUGAUCUUUAUUUUUGUGUCAAGUUUUAUCUAAAUUUUCUGCAGUUAUUGUCACACUGGUCUUAUUUUUUGAAAGCGUAUUGUGCCUGGAUACUCCGCCACAAAGCUCUGUUUCUUUUUAACCUCUACGUUGAUAUGAGCCACCUGAAGCAGGACUCUGCUUUCUUUCUAGAGGACUUGUUCUAAGUUAAUGUUUGUCUUCCUGAGAGGACUUCCAGGGAUGGAUUCUCUUCUGCUAGUAAUUUUUUUACUUUAUUAAAAGCCAAUAUAAAUGAGUUUUACUCAAAAGAAAUUGUGUGGUCAAAAUGCCUAUUUGAAAUUUAUAAAAAAAAAAAACACUGGCAAAGUAAUUAUCUUGAGUUGAUGAUUGCAUUAUUGCAACUAUGAGCUGAUUCUCCUAAUUUUUAUACAAGUGAUUUAAGUUCAUUUCUUUGUGUUCAUCUUUUUUUUUUGUUAUUUUUCCCAUUGUAAGACUGCAAAAAUACUUGGUGGCAGGAAAGCAAUGUGUUGCUUUUACUGGUUCCAGUUCUUCAUGCUGCCGUAUGUGACCAUGGUCUUUAUUUUAUAUAACUCCUGUAACCCUUUUACAGUGGUAACUUAUUACACAGUUUUCAUUUUUAAUGUCUUAACAAAGGAUGUUAACUGCACUAAUGUCCCUCUAAAAAUGACAAUUGAGUUGAUUAUUCAAAAAUUAACUUAUAUAAAAGUUGCUUUUUGUUGUGUUUUAAUAGAGAUUCAUUUAUACACCGGAAAUACACUGACUUACACUGAAAAAUGGAGCUUGUCAUGCGUUUAAAGACAUCUAUAAAUCACUAUGAAGUCGAUCUUAUUCCAGCUUCAUAUAUAAUUAGAACUUUAAAUAAUUUAUUUCCUCCAAAUACUGAUUUUUUUUUUAUUCUUUUGCCAAAAAGAAGAAAGUGGCUACAUUUUGUGCAGAAUCACCAGCUAUAGACUUAUUACUGAAUAUUUAUUAUUUCUGGCUGUUAUUUUAUUCCUCUCAAUUCAAAUAAAUCGGGGGAUAUCUGUCACUCCCCUUUUUUUUUCAAUGAUUAAAAAAACAGUGUUAUUCUC